AUGCCUCGACCCGGCCUCCCUCUUACCCCUGGAUCAUCAACAGAUCUCAAAGGCAAAGACGGCGCCAACCACAUCGCCUCGCUCCACCUGGCGUUCGAGCUGCCCCCUCCCGCUAUCCAUGACGCCGCGCGUACAUCCCCGGGCAAGCUCUCACCCGGUUCGUCCGCCCACCACGGCCAGCCGCACCACCAGCACAUGAGCCCUCCAUCUUAUCCUAUGCAAGCUGCCGAGACGGUCAAGGCACGCCGCCGUUCGUCGGCCGCCACCAAGGAGACCAAGGACAGCAACGCCGCCUUUGCCCUGCCGCCGCCGCCGACGCGCUCCCGCAAAAUCAUCCAGAUGAAGCCCCGGCAGGAGGAUGCCGUUGCCACUGCCGAGGCGUCGGCCUCACAGGAGAGCACCGGAAAGGGAGGAGGAGCUUCCAAGACGGCCAAGACGACAGCAGCCAGCGCGUCGGGGAGUGGUGGUGCGGCUGCUGCUGGUGCGUCCGGCAAGAGCGGCAAGAAGCAGCCGAGUGCCACGAGCGCGGCCGGACGCAAAAUUGCUCGCAAGACUGCUCACAGCCUGAUAGAGAGAAGGCGGCGCAGCAAGAUGAAUGAGGAGUUUGCCGUCCUGAAGAACAUGAUUCCUGCCUGCACGGGCGACAUGCACAAACUGGCCAUUCUGCAGGCUUCGAUCGAGUAUAUUCGCUACCUCGAGGACUGCGUUUCUCAGCUCAAAGCCCAGCACGACGGCGACCACCGCGGUGACCUCUCCGCCUCGGGCAACCCCCUGCCGUCGAUCCGCGAAUUCCACCCGACCUUUCACGGCGAGCCUGGCGACGUGGAAAUGUCCGACUCGGAAGCUGUGUCGCCUACGUUCACCGCCCGUCCCGACCACCACUACCAGGCGCAUCAGCACCAACCAUCUGUGUCGCCGGCGCUGCACGCCCAAGAUGCCCGCCCGCGCCAUCACUCGUACUCGUCCGCGACGUCGGCCGUUGGCCCCGAGUACCGCCAUCACAGCUUCACGCUCUCGGCCACGCCGUCGCCGGCCUUUGGACCGCAGCGCCAUGGGCCGUAUGCCCGGAGCAGCACGUCCACGACGGCGUCCACGGUGACGAGCCCGGCGCUGAACCCACAGACCGAACUCGACCAGGAGGCGACGGCGGCGCUGCUGAUGCUCAACAAUGACCGCCGAGGCACGGCGCCGAAUGCGCGAGGACUGUCUGUUCGUGACUUGCUGAGUGGUUAA